AUGAAAUCAUCAUCAUUCCUUUCCCCCGGUGAAUGUUCAGCAAUGAAAGCUAUUUCGACGAAAGGAAAAUUUUCUUACGAGCAAAGUUUUAAUCUUUUCCAACCAUUCUGCUCGACGCUAUCCCAUAGCUUCGCUCCAUUGAAUCUUCAUUUAUUACUGAGUCCUAUGAAAGUACUUCUAACUGUACACUGGGCUAUUGACCAGCUCAAUUCAAAGCUCAGAAAUUUUAUAAUCAUCCACCCAAACAGCCAUUUACAGAAAAAUGCCCAAAGCGGUAUCAAUUGA